GCCCACGCCCGCCUCUCUCCCACGCCGCUGCCUGCCUUCACCUUUCCCGGCGGCCACGCGCGCCGCCUGCCUGCCCCCGCCACUGCUUCGGCCGCGCGCGCCGCCUACCUGGACGGGGACGGGGUGCAGCGGCGUCGGGGGCAGGUACUACUGCUCCUCGGCGGCGAGGCCCGUGAGCCACCACGGCCAAGCAAUCUCUUAACUGACAGCGCCCCCUGCAGCAACUGGUAUUCGCGGCGACGGGAUUGUUGCUCUUACUUUGCAUAAUGAUACUCUGAUCGUUAUGCUGCUCAACUUACCAAAGUCCACAAAACCAGUUGGAGCACGCUUCAUCUCAGUUGCAAAUGCGGCAAUCAUAGGUCUAGAUGAUUCUCUUGUUCAUUUCACAGCACUGUUAAAGGAAUGCAGGUCUGUGAAUGCAGUUCAGCAAGUUCACCAGCAGAUAAUUUCUUCCGGUCUUCUUUCUUAUCCAGCAUCAUUAUUGCCAAUCUCGUUGCCACCACUGCCAUCUCAACCGUUCUUAUCACCGAGGUCUUUGGGUACUGGUGUCGUUGCUGCUUAUCUUGCUUGUGGUUCUACAGAUGAUGCUCUCACGGUGCUGGAGCGUGUUGUGCCGUCACCAGCUAUCUGGUGGAAUCUUCUCAUCCGUGAACGCAUCAAAGAGGGCCACCUUGACCGUGCAAUUGCACUGUCUCGCCGCAUGUUGCGUGCGGGGACUAGGCCAGACCAUUUUACGCUGCCACAUAUACUGAAAGCCUGUGGAGAGCUACCUUCGUACAAAUGUGGUAUCACAUUCCAUGGACUUAUAUGUUGCAAUGGCUUUGAGUCAAAUGUCUUUAUAUGCAAUGCACUGGUAGCGAUGUAUGCCCGCUGUGGUUCACUUGAGGAAGCCAGCCUGGUGUUUGAGGAAAUAACUCUGAGGGGUAUCGAUGAUGUCAUCUCAUGGAAUUCAAUUGUUGCAGCCCAUGUUAAACAUAGUAAUCCUUGGACUGCGUUGGAUAUGUUCUCGAAAAUGGCAAUGAUUGUCCACGAGAAGGCUACAAAUGAAAGGUCAGACAUCAUUAGCAUUGUGAACAUUCUUCCUGCAUGUGGUUCUCUAAAGGCACUACCUCAAACUAGAGGAAUUCAUGGCAAUGCCAUUCGGAAUGGUACAUUUCCAGAUGCUUUUGUAGGCAAUGCACUGAUUGAUACUUAUGCAAAGUGUGGGUCAAUGAAGGAUGCGGUAAAGGUUUUCAAUAUGAUGGAAUUCAAAGAUGUUGUUUCUUGGAAUUCAAUGGUGACUGGGUACUCACAAAGUGGGAACUUUGAGGCAGCCUUUGAGCUUUUCAAGAAUAUGCGCAAGGAAAAGAUCCCAUUAGACGUGGUAACCUGGACUGCUGUGAUUGCUGGGUAUGCUCAGAGAGGAUGCGGCCAAGAAGCACUCGACGUUUUCCGGCAAAUGAUUUUUUCUGGUUCAGAGCCAAAUUGUGUCACAAUCAUCUCUCUGUUGUCUGCUUGUGCUUCCUUGGGAGCAUGUUGUCAGGGUAUGGAAACUCAUGCCUACUCUCUCAAGAAUUGUCUUUUGUCUUUGGAUAAUCAUUUUGGUGGUGAUGAUGGCGACGAUGAGGAUCUCAUGGUGCACAAUGCAUUAAUAGAUAUGUACUCAAAGUGCAGAACCUUCAAAGCUGCACGUUUGAUAUUUGAUUCUAUACCCCGGAAGGAACGUAAUGUAGUGACUUGGACUGUUAUGAUAGGUGGGUAUGCACAAUAUGGGGACUCAAAUGAUGCGCUCAAGCUUUUCUCAGAGAUGAUUUCAGAACCACAUGCAGUUGCCCCAAAUGCAUUUACAAUUUCCUGCAUACUGAUGGCCUGUGCACAUCUGUCAGCCCUGCGUAUGGGUAAGCAGGUUCAUGCUUAUCUGGUUCGUCAGCACCGAUAUGAAGCUUCUACGUACUUUGUGGCAAACUGUCUUAUUGAUAUGUACUCCAAGUGUGGUGAUGUCGAUACAGCUAGGUAUGUAUUUGAUUGCAUGCCUCAAAGGAAUGCCAUUUCUUGGACAUCAAUAAUGACAGGAUAUGGAAUGCACGGUCGUGGUAAUGAGGCCCUGGACAUAUUUGACAAGAUGCAAAAGGCAGGCUUUCUUCCUGAUGAUAUAUCAUUCUUGGUUGUUCUAUAUGCUUGCAGCCAUUCUGGAAUGAUUGAUCGAGGCCUGGAUUACUUUGACAGCAUGAGUAGAGAUUAUGGUGUGGCUGCUAGUGCAGAGCAUUAUGCUUCUGUUAUUGACUUGCUGGCACGUGCUGGGCGAUUAGAUAAGGCAUGGAGUAUGGUUAAGGACAUGCCAAUGGAGCCUUCUGCAGUGGUCUGGGUCGCAUUACUUAGUGCCUGUAGAGUACAUUCGAAUGUGGAACUUGCUGAAUAUGCUCUUAACAAGCUAGUUGAGAUGAAUGCAGACAACGAUGGAGCUUACACGCUCAUCUCCAAUAUAUAUGCUAAUGCAAAGCGUUGGAAGGAUGUAGCUAGAAUCAGAAACCUGAUGAAGAACUCCGGGAUUAAGAAGAGGCCCGGAUGCAGUUGGGUCCAGGGUAAGAAAGGAACUGCAUCUUUCUUUGUUGGAGAUCGGUCACAUCCUUUAUCUCAUCAGAUUUAUGCCCUUCUGGAGAGAUUAAUUGACCGCAUCAAAUCUAUGGGCUAUGUCCCUGAGACAAAUUUUGCUCUGCAUGACGUCGACGAUGAAGAGAAAAAUAACCUUCUUGCUGAGCACAGCGAGAAGCUUGCUCUCGCAUAUGGCCUUCUCACAACUUCCCCUGGUUGUCCGAUAAGGAUCACAAAGAACCUGCGUGUUUGUGGUGAUUGUCACAGUGCAUUCACGUACAUCUCAAAGAUUGUUGACCAUGAGAUCAUUGUACGGGACUCUAGUCGCUUCCAUCAUUUCAAGGAUGGCUCAUGCUCUUGCGGUGGCUAUUGGUGAUGGCUUCAGUUGUGAAAAUAGCAGAGGGAGAAGUAGAAACCAACAGUGUACUGCAAUAGGUUUUCCACACAGAAUGUACUAAUUAAUGUACUUAUGAUUCUUUGCUACUGAUCAACACUCAGAGAUGAAGUCCCUGAUUUCUCUCCAUUGCAAUUCUUAUACGGGGUAUCCAUCUGCAGAGUCUUUCUGCUCUUUUCAUGUCUUCAUUUCUUAUGCUGAUUCCAUUAAAGAAAUGAAUCUAA